AAACUUGCAUACACAUCCAACUGCGAAAUCAGCCUUUUUAUUACCCCACACGCACAUCUUACUCAUCGAUACAACAACAACAUGUCUGAAGCAGCCAAACCAGACCCCGCCGCUGACCAGGUGGCUAACCCUGGAGCGACUUUGGUGAAAGACGAGACCGCAAAGGUGACGACAGACAAGGCCUCAGACAAGGCCGCAACGGAAAGCAAAGAUGACAAGCCUAUCACGGAGAAAGCGACAGAGGCUGCAGCCGCAGUGAAGGACAACGUCUUUUCCAUGUUUGGUGGUGGCCCCGCAAAGGUCAAGAAGGAGGAAGUUGAUGAUGUUGACGAGCCAUCAGGCGCCUCCAAGCCCAAGGGCGAGGAGGAGGACCCCGAGAACGAAGAGCCCGACGUCGAGUUCCAGCCCGUUGUUCACCUCACGGAGAAGGUCGACACCAAGACCAACGAAGAACUCGAGGAGCAAGUGUUCAAGAUGCGCGCCAAGUUGUUCAAGUUUGACCGUGAAUCGCGGGAAUGGAAAGAGCGUGGCACUGGCGAUGUCCGGUUAUUGAAGCACAAGGAGAACGGCAAGACCCGCCUGGUGAUGCGACGAGACAAGACACUCAAGGUUUGCGCUAACCACUACGUUGUCCCCGACAUGAAGCUGUCGCCCAACGUAGGCAGUGACCGCAGUUGGGUCUGGAACGCCGCAGCCGACGUCAGCGAGGGCGAGCCAGAGGCUCAGACGCUUGCUAUCCGGUUCGCCAACAGCGAGAACGCCAACCAGUUCAAGGAAGCAUUCAUCAAGGCCCAACAAGAGAACGAGGCGCUCUUUGGCAAGUCAGAGUAGGAGGGGGUUGCAAAAGCGAAGGGCUGGCCGAUAGCACGGAUCAGGAAAAUGAGGAAGCAUUACGCGAACAGCGAUGAGGAAUUGGAAUGGUAUCAUUCACGGCGGUAGAAGACAUUUCCCACAACUGCACAUAACUAGAUAGUAUUUGAAAAGCCUGGCUAUUGUAGUCAACGGCUGUCCCCAAA